AUGAACUCGGCUAUGGACCCCUCAUCGUACGACUACGUCAUCGCCGGUGGUGGUCUGGCUGGGUGCACUAUUGCAUCCCGCCUGAAGCAGAAACUCCCUUCGGCGUCGAUCCUACUGAUCGAAGCCGGCGAAGAUCAAAUCAACCAUCCACUUACUGGCAAACCUUUGGCUGGAGUCCGGCUUCACCAUUCCGAGCUUGAUUGGGACUUAAGGACCAAAGCCAUCCUGAUCGUAAAUAUCCGCUGCGGGAACCAAUGCGAGCCGCUUGGGAAAGCAUUGGCAUUCCUUACAAUCCUGAUUCCCACAGCGGCAAUCCCCUCGGCCUCUCUGAGCGGGUUGAAAACUACAACCAAGGACGCAGGCAGUUUACCCACCGAAUCUAUAACAUCAAGGGUGUUGAUAUUGCGACAAAAGCUCGCGUCACCAGAAUUAUUGUUUCUGAAGACGCCGAAUGGCGCUGAGCUAGAAGAUGGCCGGCGGGUGUUCGCCGAGAAAGAAGUUAUUCUCUCCUGCGGUGUCUAUCACAGUCCACAAAUCUUCCUUCUGUCCGGUAUCGGACCAGCUAGUGAGCUACAGAAACACAGCAUUGUGCAGCUGGUUGAUUCUCCAGAAGUCGGUCGCAAUUUCCAUGAUCAUCUCGCCGUGCCUGUGGUCUGGAAACUGAAGAGCCGUGAGCAUGGAUUGCUUAUGAGCACGCUGCUCAGCAAUCCAGCCAUGGGACUAGGCCUCCCUAUCGACUGGAUGAUAUUGGAUGGUCUAGAUUCUGCAACAAUCCGAAGGGCCAUUGAUGGUGCAGACGAAUCCAGCAAAUAUCUUCUAGACCCGCAAAAUGCCUUUACCUCCCGGCCGGUGCAGCCGUUGCCGGAAUGGACGUUCCUAUGGACGGAGCGCAUCUUACGUCAAUGGUUUUUGGCAUGCUCCCGACCUCACGAGGAAGAGUCUCUGGCUUCAGAGAACCCACUGGAUUCCCCUGUUGUUGAUCCAAACUACUACGCCACUGAGAUAGAUCGGGUGGUGACGCGAGCUGGUAUGAAAACAGCCCUCCGCGUCUAUACCGAGACGGAGGCCCUGAAGGAUAUCCUGGAUUGUGAGGUUCCACCUGAAGGAUUUCAAUUCGUAUUGAUUCCACUGACGAGGAGUUGGAUGCCCGUGUUCGGCGCAUGGGGAUUACCUUCUUCCACCCAGGCGGCCGCUGUGCCAUGGGAAAGGUUGUGGACACCGAAUUGCGAGCUUAUGGCAUUAAAGGCCUACGAGUAG